AUGUAUCCUAUCUCAAAGGGAGAGGAGGUCAACAUCGCUGUUAUCAAGGACGAGAAUCCCUGGCUGGGAGAGCAGCAUGACGGUGCAAGUUUCAAGAGAAGAAAUGCUAUGGGCCCAUACUCCAUCAUCCAAAUCCCUCGAUCUACUGCAACGGCCGUGUUUGUCUCCUCGGGGAUUCAGCGCAUGCCUCGAGUCCUGGUCAGGCAGCGGGCGCUGGACAAGGAUGCGUUAAUCUUAUCCAGGCUCCUCGGUCUGGUAACGAGUCCGGACCAACUUAGCUGCCUUCCAAGUGUACAAUUCCAUCCGCCAGCCACGGGCCCAGGCUGUGGAUACAGAAACUUACAAACUUCGCCAACAAAAGGGUGUCCGUUGAUCUGGUUCUAUGACUUGGGUGCCGAUGUACAGGGGGCUGAGGAUCGGUUUAAAGAGUUGACCACGAAGGAUUAG